UGUAGUCUUUUGGAUGUUUUCUUCAAAUGAGUUUUUGCAGUGUGGUUUCAAUGUUUCCAUGUUUCAAAUACACUUAGAUCAUAUUUAUUUAUUUCCUGUAGGUAUUUCCACCUAGUAUCUUUAGCGCACACUGUCAUAGUCAUAAUAUAAUAUUGUGAUUGUUAAGCCUGUGCUCGUGUCUGUCAUUGAGUGUCAUUAGACUUUUCAAGAACUAUGGCAGAUUAUCCCAAAAAUUCUAAUCCGUUUUUAACCGAGGAAGAUGAAGAUGACUGGAGUUAUAAAAAAAGGGGAAAGAUUCAAGAACAGGUAUUUGCUUCAGAAGAUAGACAACUCGACUCUACAAUGAGAGCCCUGCGCAGUAUCCAAGAAUCAGAGAGCAUGGGCAUUGCGACAGCUGAAGAGUUACUGAGGCAGAGGGAACAACUUGACAACAUAGAGAGAAAGACAGAUGAUAUUAAUCAAACAAUGACUGUCACACAGAAGCAUCUUAAUUCCAUUAAAAGUGUAUUUGGUGGAAUAAAAAACUGGUGGGGUGCCAAAAAAGGACCAACAGAAUCAAAUAAGUCUGAAGAGAGGCCAAGUCGUUUACAAGAAACUGUUGAGAAACACAGGUCAGAGCAGGCCCACCCAGCACGGAGAAACCCAAACUGCACUGGCUUUUAUGAGGAGGACGAUGACUUGGAUGAUGAGUUCAUGAAAGGGUCUAGAACACAGCACUUAAAACCUGUUACGCACAGUGCAAGGGAAGAAGAAAUCAAUGAAAACUUGGGUCAGAUUUCAAAUGGCUUGACAACAUUAAAAGGACUGGCAAUGGGACUCGGGGAUGAAAUCGAACAGCAAAAUUCUCAGCUGGAGCGCAUGGAUCCCAAAAUCCGGAAGGCAAAUGAUCUCUUGGAAAACCAGAACAAACAAAUGAGGAACAUCCUCCGAAAGUGACGGGAAUGUUUGAAUAUCUUCCCCUAGCAACAAAGUUAAAGGAGAUAUCGUAACUUGUUCAUGAAUAACAUACAUGUGUGUUAGUGUACAUGCAUCAUAGGAAGAGUGUCGCACCAAAUUUUGGUUUCAAGAAAGGUUAAAAGGUUUAAUGUCUAGGUCAAGGUAAAGAUUCAUUGUUGUGGACAAUGCUGUGGACACCUUCAGUACUCUAUCUCAUACUUGCUGUGUCAUAGUACACUGUCCUGUGAUAGAAUUUUUUUUUAUAUCGAGAUUAAAAAACAAGAAGACCAGAAACCAAUGUUCCCAGGUGCAAAAUGUGGUCAAUUUUUUUUUAAUGAAUACAAGAUAUAUUCAAUAGGUUCUCUACAUUCAUGAAUUAAAAUACUGUAAAUACUAUUCUGUUAAAUACUGUAAAUACAUGUCACAAAAAAUUAAUGCCUUUUGAAUUAUUCUUGUUGAUCAGGUCUGGCCAUACCCAAGACAAGAACAUACGACUGAAAUAUACACUGAUGCAUGGCUGUGAGAGAAAGUUCUGCUUCACAAUGAUUUUUUUUAGUAUGCAUGUUCGUGCUAGUCUUCAUAUUGUAUUAGAAUCUGAAGUGCAAUGAAAUCUCAGUCAUUUCUGAACUUUAGUCAUAUUAACCUUUUUUUUUUUGUUAUAAAAUCCAAUCAUAUCGGGUAAACAAUAUGAAUUUUGCAUUUUUAUUCAUUUAUGAAUUUAAUAUGUAAGGCUUAAAUUAUAAGUUUAUUUGUAUUCCCCAUGGUGAAAAUCUCUUAUAUUUAAUUUCAAGGUUUUUUUUAUAUUUUUCGGAGUGUUUCAGACUGAAUUGAAUGUCACUAUAUUACAUGUUCUCUCCAAACAAUGAAUUAUAUUAUCCUACCUACACUGUAGCAACCUUUGGGUUAAAAUUAGGAAUCGCAAUAAUAAUUCAAUCUUAACCCAGACAUUGGUAAAUGAGUUACCAGGCCGUGCUGAAAAAUAUUAUUCACAUUGAAACUUAAUUAUAACAUAGUUGUAUUAUUCCCAUUGAAACUUGAUUAUACCAUAGUUGUCUGUUGCAGUUUAAUGAGUGUAUUAUAAUUUAUUUUAAUGAUUUUGUUAAAGGCAAUACAAUGCGUAGAUAUGUUUUAUCCUUGUAAUUGCAGAUUUAAGAUCAUAUAGUUUUUGGGCUGUCAAUUUGUCCAGAAAACUUUAAUAACCUUGGCCAUAACUUUUGAAUAGAUGGUGACAUUUGAAUUCCUUGUGAUAAGACCUUUGUUUGAGUAUCAAACUUUUUAUUCUCAUGACCUUGACUUUUUGGGUUUGACCAUCUUCAUCUUGGCUAGCGAAGAUGGGGUUUUCACCUAAUUCUAAAAAACUUUAACCUUGGCCGUUAUCAUCAUUGCUUUGACGGGCACAUCUGUGUUUCACAAACAAAUCUUGGUUUUAUUUAAUCCUGAAAUACUAUUAUAUUCAAUAUUUAUUACUGUAACAUUCUAUAUAUGUUUAUUUGUACACCCACCAGUCAUGUAGCAUACAUGUAUGACAAUAUGCCGGUUACUGAAACAGUUUGUUGUACUGUUAUAAUUAUUUCAGUUUGUGUCAUACUGUUAUUUGUCACUUGUAUCAGAGACAUAUAUAAGUUUCAGGUUCCUGUAGCCAUGUUUAGACAAUGAACUGGUUCUCUCUGUUCAGUGAACUGGUUAUCUCUCUGGACAAGCAUCAUACCCUGUGUUGUUUGGGAGUUUAUUUUUUCUUAAAAUGUUAAGUUAGUCAUACAUUUGAAUUCCCACUAAAAUGUUUUAUUUUGCUGGUAGGUUUAGCAAUGAAAUAUGUAACUUCAGCAGGUUGGAAACAAAAUAUUUCUUAUGAAAUUUGAUAUAGUACUGUAUGUUUUGGCAUGUGUGAUAUUUUUCUCACAUAAUCACCAGUGUGAGACCAACAUUACCCAUGUGAGACAGCCAUGUGCCAUGUUUCUGUCUUGCAUUGCUGUGAUGUCAUUGAUUAUAACAUUACAUAUAUUUUAUAUGAUUUACAUUACAUGAAGAAGUACAAUAUUUUGGAUUGUUUUUUCCAAAUUUCUGUUUGAUGUAGGUUUCUAGGGGACAGUUUUGGAUUGGUUUUUUUAGUUUACAUUUCAAGUGUAAGUCAUUUUAGUUUUUCUCAUUUUGACUGUUUUUGCAAUUAAGUUGAAAUCAGGAUUUUGAUCAUUUUAAAUUGUCUGACAAGUAUUUAAUUAGAGUACUAAACUGUGGAUAAAUCUAAAUGUAUAUACAUCUCUAAUGAUGUGACUGAUAGUGAAGUUUGUGCUGUAUCUGUGUAAGUCUAUAUAACUGUAUGUACUAAAGCCACCGCGAUGUGAAAGGAACCAGGUGUACUAGUCAGGUUCCUUGUCACCUGUCCUAUCAUAAUGUACUAGUCAGGUUCCUUGUCACCUGUCCUAUCAUAAUGUACUAGUCAGGUUCCUUGUCACCUGUCCUAUCACAGACUGCCCUUAGUCUCCUUGUGUUUCGGUGUCUUGUAUAUGUUUUUUUGUUGUUUUGAAUUGUGAGUAAUUUAUCUGACUUCAUUCCAGUAUACAUGCAUCAUUAAAAUUGCCUGAAUUGAUA